GUUUAUUUCAUCUAACCUAGCUCCUGCUUCAAUUCUCGUUAAUGGUUUAUCUGCAUCCAAGAAGCCUGGGAGUAUUUAGUUUUCAACCCUAAAUUGUUGAUGCCGAUAUUUCAAAUUUCAAAACAAUGAUCAAUGUCAUCCGCGUGGAACUAUUUGGUGAGGAAAUUUGGACGACCUUCAAAAAAGAAAACAACGUUAGAAACACUGGGGCACCAUGUUGUAACUAAAAAACAAGCUGCUGCUCUUAUGACAUGUCUAGAAUACUUAACAGAAAAUAUAUCUUCCAACGGUCUGUUUCUUUCACCCGGAAACGUUGAUCACUCGGAACAAAUUUAUCGAAAAAUAGAAUCUGGCAAAGGAAAACUGCUCAAAUAUCUGUAUGAAAUCUCCGCUCCAAGAGAAUGUGCCAUGGCCGUGAACAGAUUCAUAAAAGCGUAUAAAGUCUCCAUGUUGCCCGAAAGAGCACUAAAUUUAUUAUGUGCGCAAAACGAUGGCAUUCCAGAACGGUUAAUUGCACUCGACGCUCUGAAUUUGAUCCAGCAUGAAUCAUCCGGUGCACAGCUACAGUUCGCUCGAGCGUAUCUGCAGAUGAUGCAACAACUGACGCUACGUGGUUAUUUUACCCCGCAUGAGAUAAAAACGAUUAUCAGCCCUUAUCUGGCCAUACCAACGCUGUUCCCCGGUCGCAAUGAAAUGGAGAAUAUUACCGCUAAAACCGUCACACUGAUGGAGAUGUUUCUCAGUGUGCACCUGUUGGACGAUCCUGACGCACUUUCGGCGGAGCUUGAGCAGGAAGCCUUAUGAAACUAAUAUGGAAUUUCCUGCUACUGUUGUCACAUUGUUGAUUAUGUCUAGAAAUACAAAUUCUUUUUCGAUUAAGUGUUCUGAACUUGAGUAAAAGUGGUAAAAAUAGUAUUUGCCUCAUUCGUUGCAAUACUCAUAUCUACAUAUAAAUUCAUAUCAGCACACAUAGCUGCUCUUCAGCUUAUAAUAAUGGAGUCAUUAGUCCCCAUUCGAAGACGACAUUCUACUUGAAGGCAAUUUAUUGAGGCUCCGCAAACAAAACAAGGCAGAUAAGCGCGGCCAGUUGUUGAACUGAAUCAUCUGCAUUGGCAUUGGUAUACUGUUAACUAAAUCUAUAUUCAUUGUUCGGCGUUCGGUUCAGGUGUGACAAUCGUUGCAAGUGCGUCUAAGGAAAUGUUUCGUAAAUUGUGUUGCAAAUCCACCAGCUACAGCAUGGAAAAUUCUUCAGCAUUCUCAACAGCUACUGCUAACAGUACCGAUUUGAAAAACGAUUCAGCUGUGACGACACAACCGGUAUUCAAAAAAGUAAAUCACGAAGGUAGAAACGAUACAACCGCAGUGAGUAAUUAAACGGAAGUCGAUAUGUUCUGUCGGUUGUUCGAGAUGAAAAUGUUGGUAUUCAUGGCAUUUAUAUAGAUUAUUUUUAAGACGGAUAGAAUUAAAAUGGAAAUCUCUUUGUACUGAAAUAAAGCAAAUAU